UUUUAUUGCUUUUUUCAUGCAAACGUGGGAGUAAAAAGAUCUCCAUCCGGUGGCCGGGCUCAGUUGCAUUACGAUCGCGAACGAUUCACCAUGGCGACUACGGUACGGUUGAUGGUACUUGCUGUGUGUUUUACGGUAGCAGCGAAUCUCUACUCAGCCUCGGCAAGACCACAGUUCUUCUUAGCAGGAGGUGUUGGAGCACAAUCCCCAAUAGGAGGGUUUGGUCUAGGUGUGCCAACGGGGUUCCCGUUUAACUUUGGCCAACCACAGCAGCAACAACCACAGCAGCCACAACUACAACCAUACCUACAACAGCAACAACAACCACAGCUGCAACAACAAUAUCAACAACCACAACAGCAACAACAAUAUCAACAACCACAGCAACAACAGCAGCAGUAUCCGCAGCAGUAUCAACAUAUGGGGGCAACGCCACAACAGCAACCAAAUACCGAAUAUCCCAAAGCUCCCGCCAGCAGCAGUGAAGGAUUAGGUACACGUUUCAGUGGCGAUCCAGAACCUUCCGGAGUCGAAGAAAAUCCGUGUCAAAAUGUGGAUACACCGACUGACCAAACCGGUAGUACUGACGAUGGUGGUAAUGCAACGGAACAACCCUGUCUCGGCAUUGGAGGAGGCAAUCGAAUUAAUCCGAAACAAGCCGCAUUGCUUUCACUAGUGGGAUAG